AUGGACUUCCAAAACAUAAAUUCUUUAAAUGUUCGUCUAAACUUGCUUUCGAGUAAUUUGCUAUCAAUGACCAGCGAUUCAUCAUUUCCGAUAUUCUGGAGGAUUUACAACAUUUUUGUGUGGUUAUUCGAAUUGUUUUACACGGUCUCGUUAAUCUCUUCCUUUUUCUUUAUUCCGAAAGAAAAAGCAAUAAACGAUGGGAUGAUUUCCGUGGUUAUAAUAGAAAUUGUCAUUAUGAUCACACGAAUCCACUCGCAGACAACUCUGGUACAACAACUGAUACGAAAACUUAAUAAAGCCCUAAGCAUUGAAGAUGAAAAUAUGAGGAAUAUCGUUAUCACAAAUUUGAAACGCAUGGACACUCCAUUUAAAUUUUAUUUAAUAAUUAGCACAGUUUUUUAUAUUUCUUUUUGUUGCAUGUCACUCCCAUUGGUCUUCGAAAAAAAUACUUUCUACUAUUCCGAUUUUAAAGUCCCAGCGAUCUAUUCCAAAGAGCCAUUCUCUAGCAAUAUUUUUGUAAUGGGUAGCAUAUUAAUAUUGAUCAGCAAUCUAUACAUUUUUAUAAAAAAGGUCAGCGUUGACAUUUAUACAACACAUUUGAUAUCGUUGAUAACAGCGCAGUAUCAAUACAUUGCUUCAAGAUUUAUAUUGAUAUUUCGGAACGACCAAUGGGAUAACAACAACUUACAAAAAAAUAAUUCUAGGGUUAAUUCCUCAAUUAAAAAAGAGAUAAAAAUUUUAUGUCGGCAGCACAAUGCUGUUAUAUGCAUAACAUUAAUGUUAAAGAAAUUGCUAUCAUUAAAUAUUUUGCUGAUAUACAUAAAUAACGUUUUUCGAUUCUGCUUUAUUGGCCUCAUAUUAACUAAAAUAUCAACAUCUUUUUUAGAAGGAUGUAUGAUUAUUAUGUAUGGAUCUGGAUCAAUAAAGCAAUUUUACAUAUUAUGUUCAUGUGUUCAGCAAUUAUCAGAAGCGAGCACGGAAUUAACGGAUAAAGCCUUUCACGAAGACUGGUAUCGAUUCGAUUUGUCUGUAAAACAUAUAUUCUUAUUGGUGAUAAUAGCUAGUAGUACUUAAACUUAGAACUUAAACUUUCAACGUUCGACAAAUUCAACUUAUCUCUAUCCGC